AUGUCUCAAGUACUUAGCAAAAUCUCACUAUCGUCCCCCAUUUUCACCACCUGCCAUGAAUACGUCCACCCUUGGAACCAGUUCUGCAUUCCAGCGAUUGCAGGCUGUUUCCUCUAUUGCAUCUUCGACUCUUUGAGGAUCUACGGAACAGUCUAUCUGUGCACCCUUCUGAUGAAGGGCCGUGUGCCCACUAAGAGGGACAUUCAACGCACGCUGUUCGGCAUUCUGCAAUCCACCGCCUUUUUGAGCUUCACCGGCUUUGGCUACAGCUUCUUCCUCUGCACGUUACGGAGAGUCAUGGGCCACUUCAACCUGUUGACCGUGUCUUUCUUCCCGGCCUUUCUAUCCAGCGUGUUUGCUAUCUUGAUCGAAAGGCCUUCUAGAAGAACGUUGCUAUGCCUGUAUGUCAGCAACGUAGCUACAGAAACCGUGUGGAACAUGGCCUUAUCCAGAGGCCUGGUACGCAACGUGCCCUAUGGAGACGUGGCAAUAUUCGGGGCCAGCAUGGCCGUGCUGUUGACUUACUAUAAAGGAGGCCACCACUCAUCGGUUCCCGAUGCCAUGUUCAAGAUCCUAAGAUUUGUCGUAGGACCGUACGAGGAGAAGGACUUUGGGGCCCGCGUCACUCACGAAGCGAACACUUUCUAUCGGCAGCAGGUCGUCUGCAAUGACGGAUCCAGAACACUUCGAGCCCCAGAAGGCGGCGCCCCGCGCCCCAUGUACGGCACGAAAAAGCACAAGAACGCCGUUUGGCAUCUAGUAGUCCAGAUGUUGAGGAUCUACAAGAAGCUGAUCUAUCGGGUGAAGUGCUUUGGACGGCACCAGGCCUGCCCGCAUCCGUUCAGCUGCUUCUACUACGUCUUAGGGGGCACUGGCAAGAUGUUCAGCGUCGGCCUGGGCAUCCAGAUCACCCUCAAGCUGGUGCUCAACAUGAAGAAAAUCGCCUCCUCCCCAAAAGCGUUCCAGCAGAUCUUCCUCAAGAAGAACAUUCUUAAUCUGGGCUUGUUUUUGGGAUUGUAUUCCGGCCUGUUUCGGGGCUCAUUGUGCGUUCUGCGAAGGAUCUUCGGCAGAGACGACCCUGCUUUCGCCUUCCCAGCCAGUAUGCUGGCUAGUGUGGCCUUUAAGAAAUACCCGGACACGACAGUGGCUCUCUAUGUAAUGUGGAAGGCUGCCCAGAUCACCUACAACAUCGGGACUCAAAAGGGCCUAGUGCCAAGAGUGCCAGGCUUCCCAGAGUUUCUCUACUGUCUGAGCACUGGGAUCCUGUUCCAUGCUGCCUUAUUGGAGCCUACUAAUCUGCGGCCCAGCUACUGGAAGUUCUUGCAUUCCAUAUCAGGAGGGCGGAUCGCCUGCAUGGCCAGAAAGCCGCUAGACGCCUGGGGCCUGAACACGUCGCAGUCUCUGGAAAAAGUGCUCAAAUCGACCAAAACCAUUCCAGUGGUGUGUUUUCAGUGAUCCGUUAGUGGGCGCUUCCCGACUCGCUGGAUGUUACUUAGCAAAUAGGUCUAGGCUAGAUUGUUGUUUUUUUACCGAUUACUGUUAUGUUUUAUACCGGGGGAACGUGGUGUAGACAAAGGUUGCAAAUAGAAUUUUUAUACUG